AUGGAAACCCAUAUCGGAAAGCAACAUUCGCUGGAACGCUUUCAAGCGAUGGUAGCUUGGCAGAACCGUGUACUGGCCGUGUUCGGGUGCUACAUAUAUCUCAGCAAAGAGCGAGUGUCUUACCGCAUCGUGCCGAUCUGCUUUAUGGCCAGCUCCUUCGUCUUGCUGUCGCUGUACAGUGCGGUCCAAGCCUGGGGCAAUAUGGGUCAGGCUGUGCUGAGCAUUGUGGUCCUCUUCUAUGGCAUCGUCGGUGUGACACGGUUGGCGGUAGCGAUCAGCAAUCCGGCCGGUUGCUACCGCUCGAUUCAGAUCGCCGAGGAGAUGUACCAACGUGCCAACGGAUCGAAUCCGGCGGAAUGCAAAGUUCUUGCGAAGUACACCGACCUGUUCUGUAAAAACAUAUACUUUGCGUUUGUGUUUAACAUUUGCCUGCAGUACGAGCUGCUGAUUGAGCGGUUGAAGCAGUUGGAUGAAAUGAUUCGAAGCUCCAACAACCUAAAGCUGACCGUGCGCGAUCAGUUGGUGAAGAUCAUUCAGCUUCAGCAAGAGUCCACAAAGUAUGCAACCGGAUCGAGGGUUUCAAAGAAAAGUUGCGCUGACGUUGAACGAAUUACAUCGUGUAUGUUGGUCUCGAGACACUCCAUCCCCUUUGUGUGGUCAAUCAUAUCCUUACUGGCGUUUGUAUUUCAGAACUUUUGGUUGCCAGGAUUGCUCAUACUACCGAUUGCAGUGAUGCAGAUGCUUAUCCUAUGCUCCUUGGGGACGCUGAUUGAGCUGAAAAGCGAUCAGUUCAAGGAUCAGCUGUACGAUAUAGCCUGGCCCGAGAUGGACCUACCGGAACAGGGUAUGUUCAAGUACGUGCUGAAAAGUGCGCAGCAACCUACACAACUGACGUGUGGUCGGUUCGCCGUUAUCAAUAUGAACCUGUUUCUGGCGGUUUGUAUGCGUUGUGUAGGAAUAGCAGACGGCAGCAGAUGAAUGAAAUUAAUGCAAGACGCUGUACGAUUUCGUUUCAGAUUCACAAAAAGAUUUACUCAUUCUUUAUGAUGCUGCAAAACAUGUAGGACAGUCGGACAAGAUGCCGUAGUUUCACUAGUAGCACGAGAUUUUUGCCAAUAAUAAAGCAACACCGUAGUGUACAGAACUGUUGAUGCGUAAACUUCCCUCUAUACAAG